AUGCUAGUUCGUGGAAGUAGGUACCCCUUUUUGUCUCGUAGAUCUUUCUUUUCAUUUCCUGGAACUAAUAGUGUUCAGACUUAUCAAGUAAAAAAGCGGUUAAACUUCCCCCCCUCCACUCUAUUCGAGAUUGUAUCUAGUGUAGACAAGUAUAAUGAAUUUGUUCCAUUCGUAACUGAAUCGUUUGUCAACAAGCGAGAUAGUAAGACGGGAAAUCCUACCGAAGCAGGGUUGAGAGUAGGAUGGCAGCAGUUUGAUGAAAUUUUUACAUGCAAUCUCAAAUGUGAAACCGAUAAAUGUGUAAUUGCGGAAUCAUUGACUGUGCUGUUGUUUGAUAAAUUGCAUACCGAAUGGAAGUUUACACCUAUUGAGAACCCCCAUAUAAAACAGACAAGUUGUCAAGUGGAGUUGAAUUUAACAUAUUCGUUCAAAAAUCCUUUGUACAACACUGUAAGUUCACUCUUUUCUGAACAGGUGACCCAAUUGAUGCUUAGAGCCUUUGAGAGCAGAGCACGAGAAUUGAGAGUGAAAGAAGUGAGUAGAAAGUAG